AUUUCAUAACUCUGCUAACUUGACCAUUUUCGCGGGCAAACUUCAUGCUGAGAUGCGUUAUGCAUGUCAAAAUGUCUCCUUUCAUCGCUUUCUAACUCUUAAAAACUUGAAUCACUAUCAUGUAGUUUUAAAGUUUUUCACAUUUAGAUCUCCAGAAUAGUGAAAACACAACUUUUGAAGCCUCGACCCCCGAGCCUGUAGUAUAAAUAUACAUCACUUGUUUGGAAAGUAUCUGUCGCCACAGCGCGGCAGGGUUGUGUAGCGCAUGCGUAGUCUGACCAAUAAAGCAGACCAAUAAUCGACUUAGUGCAACAAUAAUAUUAUUAUUAUGUGAUUAUUUGGCUUUAAAGUUAAAUUUCAACUGUUCUCUUUACUAUUCUCUUAAUGUACGAUAUAGAAACACUGCGCAUGCGUUCCCUUAUUGCACCCCACAGUGCCAAAUAACGAACUAUAACUCAAUAUUUAGAGAACAACACUUUGACGCUACUUCGGGAUGAAUUUACAAUUUACAAUACAGUUAAAUACAGAUUGUUUUUAUUUAACUGUGUAGAAGAGUUUACCUCGGAACCUGUAGAACAGGCAAAUGUUUCUGUUGUCGGGGGAAGGCAAACCAUGGCGGACCUGGAUGUACAGCCGGCUUUUCAACAUGGAGGCGUCCACGGAGAGAGGUUCCUGAAGGAGACUGUUUACCUCACACGUUUGUUUAUUAUAAUACUCCGUUUUCUGGAUGGCACUGUGAUGUUUGUACCAUGAGGUGUGCACGCUGUCUGCUGCAGCUGAGGAGUCUCAGACUGGUGGGACAGUCAGUCAGACCUGCUGCCCAGUAUGGUGCUCUGCUUCAUUCAGCCUCCUCCAGUUCGCCCAGUGUGCUAUACAACACCCAGCAUCAGGUGUUGAGGCGUUUCCAUGGCAGCCCUUCAUGUGCAAAGACCCCGCCUGCUGAGUUGAUCAAAGAGCACGACAAAAAGAGGGACAGGUCUCUGGUUGCACAAGACGGCCUGUUUGAGCAGAUUCCUGCAGACGCCAAAUCCAAGGCCACAUUUAACAAAGUGGUGGAUGUCUUCAUUAAGAGGGACAUCAGACGGCGAGGUCACGUGGAGUUCAUCUACGCCGCUCUGACCAAGAUGCCAGAGUUUGGCGUAGAACGAGACCUUGCCGUCUACAACAAGCUGCUGGACGUGUUCCCUAAAGAAGUGUUCGUACCUCGAAACUUCAUUCAGAGGAUGUUCAACCACUACCCCCGACAGCAGGAGUGCGGGGUGCAGCUCCUGGAGCAGAUGGAGAACUAUGGAAUCUUACCCAACGUGGAGACCAAAGUCCUGCUGGUCCAGAUCUUUGGAGAGAAGAGUCACCCCAUGAGGAAGUACCAGCGUCUCAUGUACUGGUUCCCAAAAUUCAAAAACCUGAAUCCCUUCCCGGUCCCUCACCAGCUGCCUGAAGACCCCGUGGACCUUGCUCGCUUCAGUCUGAACCGCAUAGCUCACGACCGGGAUGCACAGAUCACCGUCUACCAGCUGCCGUGCACAGACAUCACAGAGAGCGGAGAGGAGAUCACACUGCCUCAUAUAUUAGGGAUCCAGAGCCCGGAUCAGAUCGAGCUUCUGGCCAAACACAACCCGAGCAGGCCGGUGUUUGUGGAGGGUCCGUUCCCUCUGUGGCUGAGGAAGAAAUGUGUUCACUACUACAUCCUCAGAGCGGACCCCGUACCUGCUGAGGAGAAGGUAGAGGAACUGUAUGAUCCAGAGAGGUGUUUGGACUAUCCUCUGCAGCUGGACCUGGACCUGGACAGAGACUUUGGGGACGAGGAGGCCUUCGACGUGGAAGACUUGGACGAGGGUCCGGUCUACGCCAUGUGUAUGACCAGUCAGGGGGACCAGUCCACCCUGAACCAGUGGAUCUCUGGACUCCAACAGAACAACCCGAUCCUGGGCCAGGUCCCCACUCUGUUCCGCCUGGAGGCCGGUCCCAAAGAGCUGCAGGGGGUCCGGGACUCGGACUCUAAAAACCGUCAGAGACCAGAUCCUGAGACUCAGAGAAAGGAGGGACAGACUGAAGAGGGGGGAGAGGUUACAGCGGAGCAAGAGACGAUGAGGAGGAGGAGUCAGGGAAUGAAGCAGUGAAACAUCAGGACAGACUGUUAGAAAUAUAAACAUGUGUAAAUAAGAGUGAACGGAGCGAGGCAAUCUAAUAAAGGACAUUUUAAAGGUGA